UUGUUGCCUUGUAUAUCGAUAAUGCACUUAUAUGAAUAUUCGUGUCAUGUUCCUUCAAAGUUCUCAUUAAAGUAUCAUUUUUAUAAAAAGCUGAAAUGAAUCGCCCACCGACUGAAAUUGAACUUUUCCUUUAUACUCACACGAAAGAGCAUCCUAUUCCCACCAAAGAGCAGCCGACUAACGAGCAUCAGAAGCUAACUUUUAUUAAUGAAAGAUCUAAGAAAAUCAAUGAUAACAUAGUUCGUUUGAGGGAAGAACAUCGGGCAAAUCAUGAAUCUGGGGAGGUUGAGGCUCAAGUAAUCGAUGAGUCCACACUGUUCUAUGAAGCUGCUGGAGGGAAAAGGAAAAAGGGAGUAUAUGGAAACGGAUCAAAUAUAUUUAACAUGUUGAACCCAAACAGUUUUUUCAAUGCAACUUCUUCAAAGCAAUAUAGACCUUCUGGGAGUAAGGAUUUGAAAAUGGAGAGAAAGCUGAGAAAGCUAACUAAGGAAAAUGGUGCACUAAAGCAUACUCUUGAACUAGUGUGUAAGCAUGUUGGUAUUGCUACUCCAGAAUUUGAUCCGAAUUCUGGUAGUGAAGAUGAUGGCGAAGAAAGGGCAUCUGCUGAUCAACUACAUACAAGUACUUCUCAAGCAGGUGCAAGUCAUUGAGUGUUUUAUCCAUUUCCUAGUUUUGUUGUUUUACUUUGGUUUAUUUCUGAUGCAAGUUUAGAACUCUGUUGUUCAAGUUUCAAGUUUAGAACUCUGUUGUUCAAGUUUUAUGUUAUUCCAAAUCUUAUGUUUGAAUGAUUAUCUUAUCUUUUUAUUA